AUGAUGCCAGCAUAUGUCGAUUUCAGCAUUUAUAAAGGUUUAGGUGAGCUGCCCCACUUUAAUGACUCGCCUGAGGUGCCGGAUCCAGUCGCGAAUUUUCAGCGUUUGGUAACAGAAGCCGAUGCAGUGUUCAUCUGUACACCGGAGUAUGCUUUUGGAGUACCCGGUAGUCUAAAAAAUGCGCUUGACUGGACGGUAGGAACUGGUUCAUUUGUUGACAAACCGGUCGCACUGGUCACUGCAUCAAGUAUGGGCAACCGGGCGCAUGCGGCACUGCUCGACACGUUAACAGCUAUUUCUGCUAACGUGCCUGCUGACGCAGCGUUGCUGAUAUCUUUUAUCCGUGCCAGGCUGAAUGAAAAAGGCGAAAUCAAUGACACAGCCACUUAUGAUUCACUGAAAAAAGUGGUUGACGCCAUCGUUUCGCUGGCAAUGAACAGGAAGUCGAAGCUAUAA